AUGACGACGCCUGCUAUUCGAAUCCCCUUCACGGGACCAUUACCACCUGCUAUUAUAGUCCCUCGGUCUGCAAAAACCCUUGCAGGUGCCAUUGACGCCGUUGCCUCGUUCUUCACUGCGCCACCCUCCUUGAAUCUCCGGGGUGUGGAUGUAGGAAGCAAUUCUCAAACCGUACUACUGACCGGCGCAGGUAUUUCCGUCGAGUCAGGCUUGUCAGACUAUCGAGGUGACCAGGGUACCUACCGACGAAACAAAUCAUAUCGUCCAAUCUACUUUCACGAGUUCAUCUCCCAACAUGAGUCCCGCAAACGGUACUGGGCACGCAGUUUCGUCGGAUGGCCUGGCCUGGUGAAAGCAAACCCCAACUCCACACACUGGGCUAUCAAACGUCUCAGUGACAAAGGGUACAUCAGCUCCGUGGUGACGCAGAAUGUUGACUCAUUCCAUUCCCUCGCUCACCCGGAUCUGAACACCCUGGAACUACACGGAUACCUGCGAUCGGUCGUCUGUACCAGCUGCCGAAGCCAACUUCCACGUGCCGACUUCCAGGCAUCAUUGGAAAAGCUCAACCCAGCAUGGUCGGCGUUCUUGGCUCGUAUGGUUGAGAUAGGUGCGCUCGAUAGCGAUAAUCCGGAGGAGCAACGGCGGAAAGGCCUGAAGCUAAAUCCGGAUGGUGAUGUUGAUCUGGCUGAAGCGCCUUAUUCAACGUUCCGCUAUCCUCCCUGUCCGACAUGCUUGGAAAAUCCUCCUACCUUGGACGAUGGCACACGGGCCACUGUAGAGGUAGAGAGCGACGGUGCAUUCUUGCCGACUUCAAAUGCCGGCAUUUUGAAACCUGCUGUGAUUAUGUUUGGUGAAAAUAUCGAUCCCGUGGUCAAGACCGCCGCUGAAGAGGCGAUUGACGAUGCUGGGCGGCUCCUCAUCCUCGGCAGCAGCCUGGCAACUUAUUCAGCGUGGCGCUUGGUGGAACGAGCACAUAAACGAGGCAUGCCUAUUGGCAUUGUCAAUAUUGGGGGUGUGAGGAAUGAAGCCAUGCUUUUUGGAGAUCUAGAGCAUGAAUCAUCGUCAACAUCUUCUCAUGUUCGAUGUAGUCAUCCAUCUCAGUCUAUCCUCCCGAUUGUUGCCUCCCAACUCCCAGUUAAUUUUCUAUAA